UUCAACUGCGUCCAGCGCGCGCACCAGCACGCCAUCGAGACCCACGCGUCCUUCGUCGUGCUCUCGGUCAUCGGCGGCUGGGGCCACCCGCUCCUCGUGUCCCUGUCGGGCCUGCUCUGGAUCUUCGCGCGCCUCGACUGGGCCUGGGGCUACGCGACCGGCGAGCCGUCGGCGCGCUACGGCGGCAAGUUCGGCUUCCACAUCUGGUCGUCGCUGCUCCUCAUCGUCGCCGCGGCCGUCUCCACGGGCGUCCAGCUCCUC